AUGAGUACUCGAACGUGCAGAAUAUUCCGGCUAACCUUGUUUGCGAUACGACCCGGUGUUCGAAUCUUUCGAUUCUACUCCGGUAAAAAUAUACACAACAAGAGGCUGCUCCAGUUCGUGAAGGAUCCCAGCCGGAUUUUAAGCAAAUCUCUAUGGAACCAUUCUUUCAAACACUAUAUUGUUAACAAAGAAACGCCAAUCACCGAAACAGCUCUCAACGCCCCAAAACCCAUCACGGCGACCGUCGAUCCCGGGGAACAAGCAGAUCAAGGUCGGCGUGAAGACGAUCGCCACCACGAUACCUGCGACCUCCGAAUUUUCGGAGAGAUCGAUCUUCUGGAGUUGAUUGUGCGAGAGGUUGAGUCGCUAGAACUUCACGAAGUUUCCGAUUUAACCCCACCAACUCUAGCGCUCGGCAUUCGGUUCUUAAAAACUUCAGUGAGCUCAGGCGCUCACAUUCGCCGCCAAAUACGGGUGGUCGAGCUCGUUCUUGGGCAUUGUCCAGCUUCGGCCUGCAGACCCCAGCCGCUGGCCGCAGUGUUCCGGCUAGCUCAUUCUGAGCCUCCGAGAAUUCCAAAUUUGGUGUAUUCGUCGAUCCUCCUCCUGACUAGGGCACCUUCACGCAAAGCUCACGAAUCCGUGCUGUUGUCCAGUUUUGCAGCAGCUUUGCUUUCGGUUUUGUGCGGUUUUCAUUUCGAUAUUGUAACAUACAAAUUGCUUCUUGGAGUCUUUGGACAGACUGAUUACCUUGACCGAUACAUAGCAAAGAGUUAUUUCGAACAAUAUGGUACUUUGGUAAAAGAAGAAUUCGACAGUUUCAUAGCAAAUGAAAUUCCACUUGGAUUGUCUCACGCAAUUGAAGAUGAAAACUACAUUUUGCCCAAACUGUCCAGUCUACAUCGACAUGUAAUUGGUGAAGGCUCUCAUCGUCAUUUGUCCACUUCUAUCAGAUUUAAGUUGCAACAUAAACUUAAAUCCCAUCUGACUGCACAGUCUUGUGAAGUCAUAAUCAUCGAAAGACUGCCUUCCGGAGUCUUUUCAGAUCCUUUUGAGCUGCAGCAUCUUGUCAAACGUGGUGUGUUCACUGAUGUAGCCGUAUUUGGUGACACAAAUUUAGAACUACCCGCAUUUCGCUCAAAUCAAUCGCUUGUCGAGAUACACAUGAGCAUAACUUCUAAAGUACUUUCGAGAACCGAGGAUGAUGAUUCGGAAGUCAACCUGGAACUUCCAUUACAUGCACGAUAUCAGAAACCUAAGUCCGAUUUUCAUCCACUGCUGGAUAAGAUUGUUCCCAAACUCCUCAGUUCUUGUUCAUCGGACAUUGGAAAGCUACCUUUAGGACAUGGCUUCUCGAGGGUCGAGUUUGGGCAACCCGAUGUGUUUAUCUGCUGCGGCCUUAAGCUUAAGGUGCCUGAUAUGAACUGUAUGCCCUUGCCUAUUAGCGAUAUAUUGCAGAAUACCGUUAUUUGGGAAAUACCGUGUGGGUCCCAUGAACAUGCAGGGCUUGUAUCUGCUGUUACUUUCGGAUUUGCAAUUGUUGCUGCUAUGAUUAUUGUGUUGAUGUCUGUUUGUUAUUCAGAUGGUCAAGCAUCGAGCAAAUCAAAACUUUCUUGAUUUUUUGUUAUAGACUGAACAUUCUUUUCUUGAAGCUAAUGUAUUUGACUAUUUGCUCGCCUUGUACUCUGUAAAAAUGGAAUAUUUAUUUUUGAUGAGGCAGUAAGUUAACAUCGAUUUUUAACAGA